AUGUUGUCCCUCGCGGCUUUCGAACGUGUCUAUAGAAUCCAGAGCGUCCUGGAGCUGCCGCGAAUUGCGGUGAUCGGCGGACAGUCAGCUGGCAAAAGCUCCCUCGUCGAGGCUAUCAGUGGGAUCAAGGUCCCGCGCGACAGCGGGACCUGCACCAGGUGCCCAAUGGAAUGCACACUCAGCAGCACCCAGGGCGCCUGGUCUUGCCAGAUCAGCCUGCGCUUUGACUACAAUGCCAAGGGCGAGAGGUCUACUCCUGACACGCGUAGCUUCAGCCCCCUUUUGACCGACAAGGCUGAGGUGGAGAUAUGGCUCCGGCGGGCGCAGGCGGCGAUCCUCAACCCCCAGUCGGAUCCUAACGCGUUCCACAGCUGGUCACGCGAGAAGAUACGAGAGGCAGGGAAGAACGAUAGUGCCAUGUUGAAGUUCUCGAAGAACGUCGUCUGCGUGGACAUAUGCGAUCCCGAGGCGACAGAUCUAUCCUUCGUCGACCUACCAGGCUUGAUCCAGGUUGGAGAAGGUAUUGAGAUCAUCAAAGGAUUGGUGGAAGAGUAUAUUCAAGGGGAGAAGACGUUCAUCCUCGUCACUAUCCCUGCUAGCGACGAUAUACAAAACCAGCAAGCCCUGCUUCUUGCGAAGACGGCAGAUCCGGAGGGGAAGAGGACCCUUGGUGUUAUCACAAAGCCUGACACAGUGCUUCCGGGCCAAACGGGCCUCAUGGAACGCUGGAAGAAAGUGCUGCAAGGGGACGCCGAGGACCAUCCACUGACACAUGGGUACUUUUGCGUCCGGCUGUCGGACGAUCAGGAGCGGACGCAGGUGCUGACCCGCGCGCAAAGUAUCCAGCGUGCGCAGCAGUUCUUCGAAAGUAAAUCCCCCUGGAAGGAGAUCAGCGAUCGGUCCAGACUGGGAAUCCCCGGGCUUGUGUCGUAUGCGAGCGACUUGCUGUUGCAGUGUAUGGAAGAAGGAUUGCCGAAGCUGAGGACGGACGUGGCGAAACUCCUUGCAGAUUAUCUUUCCAAGCUCUCGAAGCUCCCGCCACGUCUCAGUGACCCUGGGGUGGAACUUCUGGCACUGAUCAUAAAUUUCUCCACCGACCUCGAGGCGAGUGUUCAUGGAAAGUGUGAUGACAAGACUUUCGUCCGGCGGAAUAGGGCCGCAUACCAUUACUUUGAGGAGGCUAUCCGGAGCACCGUGCCUCAGUUCACACAAUAUGGCGGGAUGAACUUGACAGCCGUGCGCCGAGUCAUUGAAGAGUAUGCCUUUUCGCUGCUUCAGCCGGUCGCAAUGCUAACCGCUGUCCACAGAGAAACAGCAUGGGAAUUGCCAUUCAACAUCCCCUACGACGCCAAGAAGCGCUUGAUUAAAAGAUUCAUCAAACUAUGGCAUGAACCGACUAAGAGAUGCUUCGACUCCGUCUGGCAGUCGCUGACGGAUCAUACGACUGACUUACUCAAGACGCAUUUCGGCCAGUUCAAGGCCCUCGAGGUGCAUAUGAGGCAGCUUGUCUUCGAGUUGAUGGAGGAGGUGAAGCGACUCGCGCUCGAAUUUGUGACUGAAACUCUGGAGAGCGACAAUUUGUACUACACGGACAACAUCCACUACUUCUCGGAAACUCGAGAGACGUGGCUCAGACAGUACAGGGCUGCUGGGCGACCACCGGUGCAUCACAAUCCUAUUAUUGUAGCGCGAGCGCUGCAAGAGCUCCAGAAUGCCGGCUACGGCGCUCUGAGCGCUGAAGAUCUGGAACGGUUGUACCCUCCCAACCCUGAAUUCGAGGAAGAAAUAACUGUUAUGGCCGACGUCCGUGCAUACUUUCAAGUUGCUUACAAGCGCAUUAUCGACGAUAUGCCCCAGAAUAUCGAGAACAAGCUCAACAAAGCGGUCUCUGCUCAGAUGCAAAGGCGUCUUCUCGAAAGGACGGGCAUCGCUUCGGGUAAGGCCGAUUCUGAGACGUUGACACGCUUGUUGGAUGAGGACCCAGCGGUGACCGCUAAGCGGGAGGAACUGAAGAAGAGGGUUGAGCAGGUCAGGCAGAUCCAGAAGAGACUGCGUGAGUUCGUCGUCUGA